AUGCCUCCAUAUCACUCAGGCACUUCGGUCUGGACAAACGUCGAGGACGAGGUUCUACGUGCUGCCAUCUCCAAGUAUGGUCUCAACCAGUGGUCCAGAUGCAGCUCCUUGUUGUCUCGAAAGACUGCUAAGCAGUGCAAGUCAAGAUGGAAAGAGUGGUUGGAUCCUUCAAUAAAGAAGAUUCAAUGGUCGACUGCUGAAGACGCCAGUCUUCUUCGUUUGGUCAAGAUCCUCCCCAACCAAUACAGAACAAUUGCUCCCAUAGUGGGAAGAACUCCCACCCAAUGCAUCGAGAGAUAUCAAUAUUUACUAAACAAUAACCUAAUCAAUAACAACAACAAAGACAAUGAACAAAAGGCCAUUCUAGAUAAGAAAACAGACGAUUCUCUCAACCUCACUGGAAUCAACGACUCUCAUCCAUCAAACGAUCCAUUAAACUCAAACAACACAAAUAACUACGUUUUCGUCAACCAUGAAAGCAGAGCCCCAAGACCCGAUGCAAUUGAUAUGGACGACGAUGAAAAGGAAAUGUUGGCAGAAGCAAAGGCCAGAUUGGCAAACACUCAGGGCAAAAAGGCGAAAAGAAAAAACAGAGAAAGAUUACUACAAGAAAGCAAAAGAAUAGCUUUACUCCAAAAGAAAAGAGAGUUGAAAAAUUCAAAUCUAAUUAAUUCCAAUAACCAUUCCACAAACAUUGUCAAUUCAAAAUCUAAAAAGAAAAAAAAUAAAAAUCUUCUUGACUACAACGAAGCCAUUCCCUUUUAUUUAAAACCAAAAUUAGGCGCUCACGACAUCGAUGACGAAUAUCAAAAUAAUCAACUACUAUCAAACGACAUUCAAUUUCAAAUCAACAAUAACAAUAACCUACUACUUAAAGAUAACAAAAAAUUGGAAAAUGACCGAAAAAAUGAUAAAGACCAAAAAAAUGAAAAAAUUAAAAAAAAAAUGAAUGAUUCUACAAACCUAAAGAGAAAUCUUCAAAUCUCAAUUCAAGCCUUGGAAGAUCUCAAAAACUCUGAUAAUCAAAUUUCAAAAAGAAGGAAAUUAUUCUUACCUUUUCCAAAUCAACAAACUACAAAUCAAAUUACAAACCAAAUCACUACCCAAAUCUCUCAAAACCUAUCAACAGCAAAUAUAAAAGCUACAAAAUCUCAAAUGAAACAAAUUCACAACCUUUUUGCAACACUACCGAAACCUAAAAACGAUUUCGAAAUAAUAAUUCCUGACGAUAAUGAAGACCUCACAAAAACCAAAUCCAAAAAUAAAAAUAAGAAAAAAAACUCUCAUUUAGACGAUUUGGGUGAAUCUGAAAGACUAAAAAAUGAAAAUGAUCUUUUAACCACUCAAAAAUCCCUAUUAUUAAGAUCUCAAGCAAUUCAAAACAAUUUACCAAUUCCAAAUAUUUUACUAAACUCUACAGAUUUAUCUCUUCCAAUUUUUAAUUUUACUCAAACUCCCAAUUCAAUUGAAAACUAUAAAUUCAUUCAACAUCAAAUUGAUAAAGAAAUGCUCAAUUUAAUUAAAUCGGAUUACUAUAAGUUAAACAACUCCACUUCUAAUCCCAGUUUCAAAAACAAAAAUAAUAACGACCCAUUAUUAAACCAUUAUAAUAUAGAAAUCCUUGACGAUUUAAAUCAAUCUGAAAAGGAUGCUGCAACAGCUUUGGUUCAAAGAGAAUUGAAUAAUUUUAAACAUAGCAAUUUCAAAAACAAAAAAAUUGAUUUCCAUUUCAAUUUAUCUGAAAAUGAAGAGGAUUUGCUUAAAAUCAUUGAUGACUUGAAAAUAAUUGCAAAUGAAUCAAAUUCAAUUGAAAAAAAUUCAACAAUUAUUUUAAAUCCUUUUAUAUCGGAAAACAAAAAAUUAUCUCAAGAAUCUUUAGACUUAUUUAAAAUAUUGCAAAAUGAAAAAAUUCAAUUGUUUUCUUAUAGUGAACUACUAAAAGAAGAAAAAUUAAUUUUAAAUGAAAGAUAUAGUGAAUUAUCUCGUUAA